AGAGAACCAAGGGAGCUGAUGCUCGAGAACAAGACAAAAACAAUAAGCAGCAAGGAGAAACCGGGAAACAGAAGGCAGCAAGCAAUAAAUCAACUAGAAAAUCAACCCACAAGACGACUCCUCAGGAAUUCCAGAAUGAAGUUGAUGUUAUCAUGUGCAGAGUGAAGAAACUUAAUUGAAAGGAAGAAGUUUUCAAUUAAUCAUGUUAUUUAUGGAUAAUUUGUGAUUUGCUUCAAUUUUCUUGAGUUUUCUACAUUGG